AACCGAAAUAACAAAAUUGAUCGCUUUUCUCCAAUGGAAGACUGCGCUGUGCUGAUUGUAAAGCUUAUUUACUGAGAUUUCGUAGCUUUCCGUGGCAAGUUUUCAUAUUUUUUCAUACAAAACAGACCUUCAAUUCAUCAAGAAUCGGAUAAUGAGAAAUUGGUGAAGAAAUGGAAGCGUACGCAGGAGGUCGGCAGAAAACCAACCAGGACAACUUCGAUGACCUGGACCUGGACCUAGAGAAGCCACAGAAGAAGAAAUUCGUGCGCAGCCAGCUUGGCGAUGCCGAGGAACUCGAGGACAAUGACCUGCGACUGAAACUGCUCGCCCCUACAGGCCAGAAGAAAGGGGCGGCAAUCAAAAUUAACUUGCACACAAAUAGCAAACCUUUAGCUGAAACGAGGCCAAAUGCUCCUCCCCCUGCUCGGGCCUUUCCUCUUCCAGGUUUCAUACCCAUUGGUACCCCGCCAGCAAGAUUUCCCAACCCUUCCAUGGGUAGCCCUAGUUUUGGACUGCCUUUCAACCUUUCUGUUCCUCCAGGGGCUUUGCCGACUCCAGCUAUAGCCACACCUGGUCCUUCCCCUGCAGAAAAAGCUUUGGCAGAACAAACAAAACAGGAAGCGCAGCAGAAAUUUGUUUCUGCCGCUGAAAAGCAAAAGGAGUUACAGAAGGCCCUCGGAAUUGAGAUAUCGCACGAGGCAGGGCCAGGCCGAUAUUCUUACAGAGGACCCCUCUACAAGAAGACCACAGGCAAAAACGCACACCUAUAUUCUUGCCAUGUGUGCCAACUCAAGGUCCUUGAUAAUGACAUCGUCAACCACAACAAUGGCAAAAAACACAAAGCAAAUAUGAUUGCCAUCAAUAUAAUUGAUUACAGGAGGGAGCAAGAAACUGCUCAUCUUGAUGAACCUGCAGUUCCUGGCAUGGAAAUGGAAAUGCGGCGAGUGCCAUUGUGCCAAACUAUGCUGGAUAAGUUUACUGAUUCGCCCAUAAUUGGGCUUGAGUAUUUGGUCGAGUUAAUGGACGACGAUGUAGAAAAUUGUCAUGUUGUGUGUUUCUUAUGCGAUAAGCGAGGUGAAAACCUAAUGCAAAAUGUGCGACAAAACAUUAUUUCGCACAUGAUUGGCACUGCUCACCGUAUGAACUAUCUGAAGCGACAUUUUGCAAAAGCACAUGAAGCUCUUCUCUUAGUUCAAAACAGCAAAGAUCUGAAACUAGAAAUGGGGCGCUUUGUUCGCACUGUUGUUGAGAGCAUUGAAAGGGAAUAUGGACGACUGAAGCCCAUGCUAGUUCUUGGCCGCACCUUCCGAGCAAAAUGCGAGGAAUACAAAGAGGCAACCAACAAGCAAAGGCAUUUUUGUGAAACUCCGAGCAAAACUUUUGUUGAGCUUGUUGGCGUUCCGAGAAGGGAGCCAUCUGUUGAGAGCUUGGAUCGUAGCCCGAGAAGUCCUGGUCGGAGGGAAAGAAGAGGAAGGAGUCGAAGUCCUAUCCCAAGUGCAAGAAGUCGAAGCCCUCGGUCAAGGGCAAGAAGUCGAAGUCCAAGACCGAGUGCAAGAAGUCGUAGUCCUGGCUUGAGAUUGAGAAGUCCUGAAAGCCACUGGAACCCCAGUCCUGUGCAAGGCAGAAGUUCGAGUCCAGGUAGACGGAGGAGUCCCAUUCGAAGGCGAGGCCAGUCAUACAGAAAAAAUACUUCUAAAAGUGACAGCAUUUCACCUGAGGGUGGGUCUAGCCGGAUGUCUCCAUUUGAUGAAAGACUUCAACAGAAUAGUCAUCCACCUCCACCAGUGCGUGAAGAAGAAGAAUCUGGCCAAGAAGUUGUAGAGAUUCUUCCCAAAAAAGCUAAUGGCAAAACGCUGAACAUAAAUGACGCACUUCGAGACACAACACCAAUCUCCAACUCUGGUUCUGACAUGUCCUUGUCACCUGAACCAGUCUCUCCAGGAAGACACAUUUCCCCAGUCGGGAUCAGACAGUCUAAUCGAGACAGGUUGCCCAAACUAGAUAAUUUUGGUAGGGAAGUGAGCCGAAGGCAAGAGUAUGGGAAACGAUCUCGCUCCCCAGACAGCAGACGUGCGCAUCAGAGUAGAAGGCAUUCACGUAGUCCACGCAGAAAUCGUAGGUCUUUGUCAUGUAGCCCUAUUUCAAGCAGGAGUGGUUCGCGCUCACCCCGCCCUAGGUCUCGCUUGUCCGACUCUAGGAGCACAAAGACAAUGAGUAUUCGGGAAAAGUGGGAUCUGUUCAAAAGUGAGUGUGAUGAGAUAGAGAGGGAAAUCAAGAAAAAGCGGCGCCACUAUCAGACCCAGCCUGAGAAGCAUCCAGCUUACAACGAGGAGUGGAAGAUUUUCUGGAACAAGAAGCAGCAAGAAGUAAAAGAAAGUGGCAGGAAUCCGGCCAAGUAUGACUACACACCAGAGUGGAAAAUCUUCUGGAAUGAGAGGGUGGAGGAGUUGUACAUUCAUGAGCUCCAAGACCACAAGAGAGAGUUGAGGAGAAAGUUGGGUUUCACUGAAGAAGAAGGCCUCAGACCUAGAUCCUCUAAGGGUUCAAAGUCUGCUUCUAAAGGAGGGUCUGUGUCAGACAUCAAAGAUACCUGGAAGGCCCUGACAGGUGGUGACAUCAAAGGUGAGCCCAAGCCAGAGCCAAAACCUAUUAAGCCUGACUACCGAACAGUUUUGGGAAUGUUGAGACAUUUGACAGCCUUGGAGCCUCAGCUUGGUUCACUUGGCCCAACAGUCAACAAACUCCUCGGAAGAGCUCUGGCAAUGGAAAAGGUAAAAAAGGAUUCUUCAGAGGACAUUCUCUUAGAGAUCGAGAACACCGUGAUGCUUGAAACGAUCAAGGAAAAGUUCAGGGGCCAACUGAUGGCAGGCAUCGUUGAGCGAUUUAACGUUGGCGCCACAAAGAAUGCCAUCAACAACAUUGGAUGGCUACUUGAUCAUGCCCCACCACCUGUUAUCAAGGAACAGAUCCAGAAAGCAGAAGAGGCACCAAAGGUAGCUGCUGCCGAAAAAAUUAUCACUUCAAACGUUCUGGCUCCAGCAAGUACUGCAAAGGCUACAGAACCCAAGAAGGAGGCCGUCUCUGUGCCAGGUGUGGGAAAUAUUGACAGGAACGCCAUUGCGUUGCAGAUCGCCAGCGCACUUCUGGCGCAAGGUAAGACUGACAUCACCAACGACGAGCUGGAGCAGUUGGUCGAAGCAGUAGUGGGGAUGGCCCAGAAAAAGAAUGAAGAAGCCUCGGAGAAGGAGAAGAAAAAAGAGGAAGAGCAAAUGGCCAAGAUGGAGGAACUGGUGGUCGUCCCUGAUGAUGAGGUGAACACGGCAGACAUGUCCGAAGAUGACCUCAUCUCAUGUCUAAAGAUUUUUGAGUUUUUACCUGAGCAUGAAAAACAUUCGAUCAUUAUGCAGCUUCAGCGCCUGGAAGAAACGGACCCUGAAAAGGUCAAGGAACUGCGGAAGUACGUAAACGCAGGUACUGAAAUGAAUUCACAAAAUCAGCUUUUUGGUAAAAUUGACUCUGACGAGGAGGACUACUUGGACUCCGAUGUGCUUAAUGCUGCCAAGAAAAAUGUUGAGCAGCAGAUCAAGCCGAAAGCUGCCGAUGCGAAGACUGUGAAAGAAGCCACUGACUCCAUGAUGGCUGGUUUGAUGGACAAGCGGCCGGACAGGAGGUCUGAGACCAUCAACACCGAAUUGCCACUUCCACCAAUUGGGGACAUGCCCUCCACCGCUCCUGUCACUCGGCCGACUAUGUCUUCCUCCUCUCAAAAUGUAGAUCAGUACUUUGGCUUCAAUCAACCUCCAUCGCAGCCGACACAGCCGCAGCUCAAUUCAUUCCAGCAGUAUCCACCCUAUCCACCAUAUGGUGGUCAGCCCUAUGGCUACUACCCUCAGCAGAAUUGGGCUCUUGGUGUAACGAGGCCCAGUGGACCUCAACGAAACCUUGUGUCUGUGCCCUUGCAAUCUGCAAUGCAAGCCCCUGUAAGCGCAAAUACUGUUGGAGCAGUUUCCAGACUGACCUCCAAACAAAAUCCUGCUUUGAUUCACUUGACGGGCCAGCGCUAACUCUGGCGCAAGUGAAAAGAAAUUUUAGAGCUAUAAUGACUAACAUAACUCUGUCUCUUUUUACUUCCUGAUUUCAAUAAAACCGUCUGCUUAGUAUCUCUUCA